UUUUUUUUUUUUCACUCAAGCAGACGCAGACAUUCUUUUCUUCACCACCUCGCACUCUAUUGCCCAACAGAAACAUUAUCUGGUGCUUACUAAUUCUUGGCUCCGUUUUGUAAUCGCCAAACGGGAAACUCGAGUCCAUCACCAUCAUAUAUAUUCUCGACCUAUUUCUUCUCUCGCACACUUGGUCUUUUUUUGCUUGUUGAUUUAUUUUUAUAUCCACAAACCCUGCACCUCAACCCACCCCCUACCACCCCUCCCUCUUGCCUGUGGUGUAUUCUCUAUAAAAAGUCACACCUGCUCCCACGAACCUUUCAGCUUUUCCUUUAUACUCUGAGUUUUUUCUUUCUCCCCGCGACACUCUUUCUCCCCCUCCCUCCAUCCCACUUCUAUUCACAUAAAACACAUGGCAGACUCAAGUUCUGAUCGCAUCUCGGACUCAGCAAUGACAGUCCCGCUGGUCGCAGCGCGGGCAAUUUCGGCCGACGGUAUUCCAUCAUAUCCCAGUGACAUCCCUCUGCUGCGGUCGUGCGAGAACUGUCGUCGCAAGAAGCGCAAGUGCAGCGGCAACAAGCCGACAUGCACAAGGUGCAAAGCGCAGGGCGAGACGUGUGUGUACAGACCGACAGCACGGUUCUUCAAGCCGCGGCACUCGGAGACCACCGCGCGCAAGCGUGCAUCAGUCUCAGAUCCCUGCCACACAAUAGCCAAAGGGCGGCAGCGCACCAAGGCAGUGCAAAAGAAGACGCUCAGCAUCCACGAGCAGACGCUGGCUCCGGCCGACCUGAUGCUGCGCACACCCGAGAUCGAUAUGUCCCAGUCGCUGCUGCUUCAGGGCGGCCCACUGCCUCUGAGCCCGGCGGCAUACACGGGUGCGCCGGACCUGGUGAGCUUGGUAACCGAUGGGCUGUCGUACAUGUCGACGGCGUCGGUCGACGAAAUCUCGCACAUGUCGGCGUCGCCUGAAAUGCCGCUGAACCCAGAUUUUUCGUUUGCCAGCCCGUCGACGGUACUGACGCCUGGGCCGGCCUUGGCAGGCUCUCCAAACCUGGUGCCCACAGCCCUGCAGGUUCAGCAGCAACAGCAGCAGCAGCAACAGCAGAUUUUCCAAAACUCUAUGGCCGCAGCAACCGUCGCCCUGGCAGGCACGCCCAGCACCACGCCGACGAGCUCAGUGUUCCCUGCCGACUACUCGCAGCUCCUGGCCAGUGCGCUGACCCAGCCAGCCAACCUGGCGGCGGCGUCGUUGGCGGCGUCGUGUGCUAUGACUGCAUCGCCUGACAACCUCAUUACCCCGAUGCUGUACUCGCCGCCACGCUCAGCACAGGCCAGCAUCAGGUCCAACGUGGGCGAGUGCUCGCCGUACAUGCUGUACACGGCGCAGAACCCAACUGUCCCGUCGCUGCCGUCUGGACAGAACCUCCUGGGCGCCCAGGCUGCUAUGGCUACCUCGGCUGUGGCCAUGGUUCCCGGCAACGCGGCGCUGGUCAUCAAUGCAACCAUGCCGCAGUCGUCAAACCUCUUCCCCGAGUGGUUCGCAUGACUACCUCAUAGAACACAUUUGCUCUCUCCUGUACAGUACUUUCUAUUUUCUUGGCAAACAGAACAUAAACAUUCCAUUCCCAAUGUUCCAGCAUAAUGUGCCCAGUCUCAUCAGGCGUGUGUGUGACGAUCAUGGCAUCGGCACCGUUUUUUGCAUAUGGGAGAAGGGACACGGCGCCGAGAGUCCAUGGUCAAUUACUAAUUUAAAAAACCAGUUUGGGCUAUUUCAGGUGUUCCUGCCAAACACACCUCUGUACACUCUGCAUAAUAGCUGAAAGAGAAAAAGGGCGCUCAAGCAAAUUUGCUGCCAUUUUCAAGCCACGAAUAGGCGCAACAAUAGCGGCCAAUAGCCAUCUGCCAAUGACGACGGGUGGGUGCCUCGCCCGCCGAUCUCUGGAAGCAUUCUCCUUUUUUCAAAUGCUUGGCGCUCUCAUUGAGAAGAGCCCAGAAAGGCUCCUGUCAGACCGGGAAG